AUGAGGGACGAAAAGUGCGACUUGCUUAUCGUCGGGAGCGGUGCCACCGGCCUGGCAGCCGCAGCAGCUUCCCGUGGACUCAACACUUUGAUUGUCGAACAGGCGGCGACGGUUGGCGGCACGUCGUCGUACUCUGGCGGCUGCGUUUGGAUACCGGGAAACUCGGUGACCAGAAAGCAGGGAGUCCGAGACUCGCCCGAACAGGGCAGGCUGCAUCUCGACGCACUGCUCGGGGCGCCCCGAGACGAUCAACCAGAGUCAUCAUCCGCUCGCCGCGAUGCUUUCCUGCACGCUGGCCCCAAUAUGGUGUCCCUUCUCACAGAGUCGGGAUUCAAGUGGACGAGUGAAAGGUCAACGUACCCUGAUUACCAUCCUUACCUGCCUGGCGCAUGUCCCGCCGGUGGCCGCACUCUGGACCCAGCCGUUGUCAAUAUUUCGCCCAAGCUACUGGGGCCCUGGACAGACUACGUGGCCUACUCGACAAAGCCUCCCGUUGCCAGGUUUCAGGACUUUGCUACACUGACGCGGCCGCUUUCAUCGUUGGGGACUAUGGCCAAGGUGUGGUGGAUGGUGUUCAAGUCGAAGCUGGCCGGACUGGUGGGCUCGCCGGUCUGCAUGGGCAGCUCGCUCGUCGCCCAGCUUCUAUCCAUUUGUUGGAGGAACGGCAAUGUGCGGAUCUACCGGGACACGGAGCUCAUCCGCUUGGAAACCGAGAAUGGCGUCGUUGUCGGCGGCGUGCUACAACAGGGAGACAUACAGGUCCGGGUUCGGGCAUCAGCAGUCUUGCUCGCAACGGCGGGCUUCUCUCGAAACCAGGAGAUGCGGGAUCUGUUUCUACCGAAGCCCACAAGCGUAACCUGGAGCUUGAGCAACCCGUGUGGCGAUACCGGCAGCGCCCUUCGGCUUUGCAAGCCCCUCGAGGCGGCAAGCGCGUCACUAGACAAGGUCUGGGGCAUCUCCACGAUGAGGGAUCCCGCCACGGGAACAGUCACCAACUGCUGUUUUGAGAUGGCUAGGCCUUAUUCCAUCGCGGUGAAUCAAUCCGGCAACCGUUUCGUCUGCGAAUCCGCGCCGUACGGGGACAUUGUCGAUAUAUCGCUCUGCGGAGGGAAGAGCACGGCGCGAACCUGGCUGAUCAUGGACUGGAACUACCGCAAGCGCUAUAACGUGGGCAUGCUGCCACCGCGAGCGGCUUCCACCAGUCUGAUGACGGCCGGCAGCAUCGCAGAGCUCGCGUGCAAGAUGGAGGUACCGGCAGCAAACCUCGAGAGCACAGUCUCACGUUGGAACGCCGCCUGUGAGACCGGGGAGGACCAAGACUUCGGCAGAGGGGGCGACGCCUAUCAGCGAUUCAUUGGAGAUCCAAACGUGCGGCCGAAUCCAAACAUGGGUCCCAUCAGUCUACCGCCUUAUUCCGCCGUCGAGAUAUAUCCAGGGGAUGCCGGUACCCGGGGAGGGCUGCUCACAGACGAGCACGCCCGGGUUGUCAAGACGGAUGGAAGCGUCAUCCAGGGGCUCUACGCUGCUGGCAACGCUUCGGCGUCAAUCGUCACGGGAGGCGCUCCUGGUGCAGGGGGCACGUUGGGACCGGCCAUGACGUUUGCUUAUAUUGCUGUUGACCAUGUCAGACAGACUAUAGGGAAGCAGCAUUGA